ACACAAUUGAAGCCCACACACGAAAUUCUUUCCCGCGAUCGCCUUUCAAUUUUCCUUGUUAGCGACAACAAUCUUCCAAAGCCCAUCCCGCCCAUUUUACUAACAAAAAACAGCCACCAUGUCUGAGAAGGCCGCCAACCCCAUGCGGGAGCUCCGCAUCCAGAAGCUCGUCCUGAACAUUUCGGUCGGCGAGUCUGGUGACAGGCUGACCCGUGCUGCGAAGGUGCUCGAGCAGCUGUCCGGUCAGACUCCGGUCUACAGCAAGGCCCGUUACACCGUCCGUACCUUCGGUAUCCGCCGCAACGAGAAGAUCUCGGUCCACGUUACCGUCCGUGGCCCUAAGGCCGAGGAGAUUCUGGAGCGUGGCCUCAAGGUCAAGGAGUACGAGCUGAAGAAGAAGAAUUUCAGCGAGACUGGCAACUUCGGCUUCGGUAUCUCGGAGCACAUCGACCUCGGCAUCAAGUACGACCCCGGCAUUGGUAUCUACGGCAUGGACUUCUACUGCUGCAUGACCCGCCCUGGUGAGCGUGUCGCCCGCCGCCGCCGCUGCAAGAGCAGAGUCGGCACCAGCCACAAGAUCAACCGCCUGGAGACUGUCCGGUGGUUCAAGAGCCGCUUCGACGGCAUUGUCCGCUAAGCAGCUGCGGGGAUUUGGCACAAAAGCAACCUGUUUCUUUUUUCCGGGCACGGCAUGAUCAAAGGAGUUCUUUUUCGUCGGUUAACUGGGCACAUGGGCAUUCGGAGUGGACAUGGCGUGGACAUGGUAUCGCGCUUCGGGUUCUGGAAAUAGGGCACGUGUAUAUCCUUCGUUCAGUCUCGUGAGCCUUUUGGCUUGCCACUCUCGCUUGGUCUGAAUUUAUCAGCCAAGCCACGGCCUCAGAGUCCGACCGGCAUCUCAGCCGGCUUCCCGCUCCAAGUUUGAUGUGGAUUAUUGUAUGUAAGUGCUUGUCCGGUGUAGUUGACGGACUCCGGGCACUCCAUGGCGAGAUGAUGCUACUAGUAGUGGCCAGAGGAAUACAUUCCUCGGAAACCGUCUCUGCCGCUGCAGCUUUGUGUCAUGUUAAAUAGGUAUUCAGGUACAUCCGGUAGUCACCUUCAUACUCUCUUUGGGAGCAAUGAGUUGGGCUUCGACGGAAUCUGGACAUGAGAGUGACUGCUGGGUUGGCAGCCUGUUAGCUAGGAGAGUGAGCUGUCAAUGGAGACGUUGCAUCACAUAUUCGGUCUUCUCAUACUUGCGGGCAUGUAAAAAAGUUCCCUGUAGUUUAUAUAUGCAUACUGAUAGGAGGUGUCGUUGCUUGGCCUGUCCUGCAAGAUUUAUCUCAUUCAUAUAUAUUGUAUUGCUUCCUUUAUGACAGAUGCCCAACAUGCAAGGCCAAACUUUACGC